AUGAGCAGGGGAGGAGUGGACUCUGGCUGUGCCAUGAAACUGAGCUCAAAUAAUUUGCACCCUAAGCUGGGCACACUCAUGGUGCUGGCCAUCAGGCCAAGUGCCAGUUAGGAUGUGGGUUUUGUUUGCUGACACUCUGCAGCUGUGUGGUUUCUGAUAAUUGCAACGGAAAGGCUGUGACCCAGCUUUCCUGAAAUGGUUUUACUUUCAGAUUCCUAUUGACUCUUUAUUUUUACCGCACAAGGCAAACCAAGCUGAACAGACACCUCUUUCGGAGCUGUGAUCACUUUCGCUUCCAACAAAAAAGAGGUCCAAAAUAUUAGAGACAAGAAUCCUGAUAAUUACGACAAUAGACAUGCUGGUAUCUAACUAGCAAAACAGCUAACCCCUCAUUUCCUGCCCUGGGAAGGAAAAGACGAGUAAAAGGAGGACCUUUGAAACAGCGGGCCAGGAAGGUGUGAGUGAUCCAGAACUGCAGUUCAAUUUUGGCAGCAUUAUUGGAGUUGGCCCUCUCUCAACCCCACGGGAACUAACACCCAGUUUGUAUGAACCCAGUGAAUUGCUAUAGCUAAUUUCCAGUAGUUAUUACAGAACCAUUCCACUUUCAACAGGAAAUAGGGGAGACUGGUGGGUCCGUUUCUCAAAUUGUUUAAAUGGCCAAUGUCAUGAUCACGGACAAGGCACUUUCCUAGAGCGUUACUCGCUAAACUGAAGCUGUCUCUAGCAGCUUCACAAAUCCUGUGUCUUCUGUCUUUUAAAAGCAAAUCACUGCGGAUCCUGUGAUUCAGUGAUAAUGGCCACUGGUGACAAAUACCGGAUUCUAAGCACCAAACGCAAAGAGCUGAUACAACUUAUUCAAAGAGACCCUGAUAACAUCUUGGAUGAGUUACUUGCCCUGUCCAUCAUCACAGAGGAGGAGUACAACAGCUUCAAUCAAAAAGAGGACAUCGUGAUCAAAAUCAGGAAGUUGUUAAUUCACAUACAGAAAAAAGGGGAGUCAACCUGCCAGCAAUUUCUGGAGUGUUUAGAAAUCCUCUUUCCUGGCACCAAUCAGAAUUUACAACCUUCUGGCCAUGUUAUUUCCCAGGGCUCUAAGGGAGACACCAGAGAAGAGCUGGAGGAGAGGACAGAAGGAUCUUCAAGUAUGGAGAAUGAACCCAAGAAUUUAGGAGGCACUGUAUUCUCAGAAAAAGAAAAUGUUGAAGAGAAAAAUAAAGCUUUUCAAGGACUCCUUUCUCAGCUAAACCUGCAGGAAUACCAAAGCACAAAACUCAGGCUGCAGCAUGUCCUGGAAAUUGGCUCAGAAAGUACAGAAAACUGGACUCCUCAGAUGUUAGGGGAUUUACCGUGGCAUUUCCUGAGGAAACUAAUGACUCUGAAUGGGACAGCCAGAAACACAAGCCUUGUGCAUAGAGCAUAUGAUGAUGAAGGAGGCAGUGAGGAGGCACAGAUUGCAGGUGGAGAUGUUUUUAGUUUUAGUGACACUGACAUCAGAGAGUCUCUACAUCCCCUCGAUGUUCUCUGUGCCGUUCUGCUUUGCUCCGACAGUUUCCUACAGCAGGAGAUCCUCUCCAAAAUGUCCAUGUGCCAGUUUGCCCUCCCUCUGCUGCUACCUCCCAUCAACACGCCCAAGUGCACCCUACUGCUGUGGGCCAUGAGGGACAUUGUGAAGAAGUGGAGGCCACACUCCCUGGCAGAGAGCAGAGGGUUCAGAGAGGAGAGCCUGGUGCUCACAGCAAUGCCAACCAUUUCCUUUGUGCGGAUUGGGAACUGCAGCUUCUCCAAGUCCAAACUCCUCAAUGAGGUUCUCAGCCCCUCCCAGCAGCACCACGAUUUCUUUAUCCAUCGGGACAUGGACUCUGGGAAUGUCCCUCGGGAAAUCGCAGAUGGGCUGGUUGAGAUUUCCUGGUAUUUCCCUGCUGGGAGGGAGAAUUCAGAUCUUUUCCCAGAACCCGUUGCAGCUACAAAUCUGCGUGGAGACAUUGAAUCUCACUGGCUGCAGUUCAGCUUUUUAACAGUGGUCUCCUCAGCAGUGUUCAUAGUUACUGAGAGCAUCAGUGAGAGACAAUACAUGCUGUUAUCAUCCCUGCAGGGAUCAGCCACUAAAUACUACUUUAUCCUCAACUGCAAGAAUGGAAAUCCCAAGGAAACAUUGGGAUUCCUUAAUAAGUUGGCUCCAGUGCUGAAUCUGAGCAAAUCGCAACUGCUGAAGAAAGACAGCACCACAAAUAAUGCAGGAUUUGUUCAAAAACUGAAAUAUACAAUAAAAAGCAUAACAAGUUCACCUCCCGAGAGAAUGAAUUUGGAAGCCAUGGCUGUGACUGCACGUGAACUAGGAAUCCAGGUAGAUGAGGACCGUAAGGAAUGCCAGAGUGCAAGCAAGCGGGCGAGAGAAAUCACGGUGGAAAUAAAAGAUGUGGUAAAGUACAAGAGGGAAAUGCUGAGACUGCAGGGGGAUCUCUGGGAAAAAUUGGCUAAAGUGGAAAAAGAACUGUGCAGAAUGAGAAGGCAAGGGGAGACUGCCACGGAAGACUAUAAAUGUCAACUGAGAGAGAAACAGUUGGAAUUACGUAGACAGCAGAAUCAAUGUGACCUUACUGAUGGAUUGAUUAAAUUUAUUAAUGGAAUAGAACAAUUGCCUUUAAUGGAGAAACAUUACUUCCUGAAAUGGAUGAAGUUUAGCCUGGAUCACAUUGCUCGAGAUAAUCUUUUUAAACUACGGGAUCAAUAUAAAGGGAAAAGUAAAAUGGCAGGAGAUGACCCACAAGCACUAACUAUGCUGGAUAAAUUAAUAUCUACCACUUCCUUAGGGGUUGAGCAUUUCAUGCGUGAGUUGGGGCAGUUCUAUGAAGCUGAAUGCUCAAUGGUUAAAGAAGGAGACAAGGCAGAAGGCCAAAGACAUUUCAUCCAUCUCCCAGGCAUAGCAGCUGACCUGAUGCUGGAAGGGUUUCCUGUGGAACUGAUAGAUGGAGAUUCAUCCAACAUCCCACUGCAUUGGGUGACAGAUGUUCUGACUGAGCUCCAUGCCAAGCUGGGGGGAAGGUCCAGAAUGGUGGUUCUGACGGUGCUGGGAGUGCAGAGCACUGGGAAAUCCACCCUCCUCAACACCAUGUUCGGCCUGCAGUUUGCAGUGAGCAGUGGCCGAUGUACGCGAGGAGCCUUCAUGAUGCUCAUUAAAGUGGCAGAGAACUUUCAGCAGGAACUGGGCUGUGACUUCAUCCUGGUGAUAGACACAGAAGGCUUGAAAGCCCCUGAACUGGCCCUGCUGGAGGAUAGUUAUCAACAUGACAAUGAGCUGGCCACACUGGUGAUUGGGUUAAGUGACAUAACCAUCGUUAACAUGGCCAUGGAGAAUGCCACUGAAAUGAAGGAUAUUCUGCAAAUUGCGGUCCAUGCCUUUCUCAGAAUGGAGGAAAUAGGGCAAAAAGCCAACUGCCAAUUUGUGCAUCAGAAUGUCAGUGAUGUGUCUGCGCAUGAACAAAACAUGAGGGACAGGAAGCACCUCCUAGAGCAGCUGAAUGAAAUGACCAAAGCUGCAGCUAGGAUGGAAAAACAAUGUAAAAAAGUGAAAUUUUCAUGUAUUAUGGACUAUGAUGCAGAGAAACACAACUGGUACAUCCCUGGGCUGUGGCAUGGAGUCCCUCCCAUGGCUCCAGUGAACAUGGGAUACAGUGAGAGGGUGUGUGAGCUAAAGAAAUACCUGCUUGAUUUUAUAAAGAAACAGUCAUGUAAUAGAGCCCCUAAGGACAUUCCCCAGUUUGUCAAAUGGAUGGAGAGCCUGUGGAAUGCUGUAAAACACGAGAACUUCAUCUUCAGUUUCAGAAACAGCCUUGUAGCUGAAGCCUAUAACCAGCUGUCUAUGAAGUAUUCCGAGUGGGAGUGGCAUUUCCGCAAAGAGAUACAACUCUGGGUAUCUGAAAAGGAAACUGUCAUUCAGAAUCAGACAUCAGAGAAACUACAGGCUAGUGCCUUAUCCAUGUUGAAAAAUGAGGCACAGGAAAAACUGCAGCACGAGAAACAAAAAGUUUUGGAUAAUUUACAAGAUUAUUUUGAAAGUGGAGUUUCGAAUCUGCACCUGAUAGAAAAGUACAGAGAAGAUUUUAUCAGGAGUGCAAACAGCCUCAAAAACGAACUUGAGAGCUACUGCGAGCACAAGUGCGAGGUAGCAAUUCGAAUUCGAAAAGGCCAGCACAAGACAGAAAACAUCCAGACCUCAUACAUGCAGAUAAUUGAAGGGAAAGUUGACAGGGUCUUGGAUGAAUGUAGGAAUAAAAAACAUAAACUAGAGCAUGAGGAACUGAAAUCAGAAUUUGAAAACAUGUGGAGAGAAACACUGUCAGAGUUGAAGUUCAGCAGCUUACAGAAACGUGAAGUUCAUCGAGAGAUGGAGUCCCAGUUGAGAAAGGACCUGGCAAAUCGAGGGAGUGCUGUCAGGCAGAAGCUACAGGAAUCAGGUAGUUUGUUGUUUUAUGGAAUUAACAAUUUCAGAAUGAAAAACGAGUACAUAGAUACAGCAUGGAUCAAAACUAUGAAACAACUGUUGUCCACAGGGGAAUGUGAAACAACUGUUCACACAGAAGAACUUGCUAAAUCCUUAAUAGAUGAGGGUAACAGAUACUCGGAAGAAAAGGUAAAUUCCAAAGUGGACUACGAUGAAAUCCAUUGCAGAGAACUGCUGAACAUGAUCAACGAGAGGCUCCAACAGGAGGAUGUUAAAAAACUCGGCACUACUGCUUGCUUUGAAGUUGACCUGAAAAUUCAUAUUUUGGGGAAGGCAGCUUGGAGAUUUCAGAAGAUGCAUGAACAUUUUAUCCAAGAAAAUGAUCCUCAGUGUCGUCUAGAGAAGCUGAAACCUCAGUAUUUCUCCACCUUUACUGACCUGUAUUUGGAAAAAGAUGAGAACCAAACAAGGGCCAGGGAUUUCUGUUAUCAGUGUCUCAAACCUGCCCUGGUGGAUUAUAUCAACAAAAGGCUAGGAAUAGAGAUAGUAGAUGACAUUCUCAACAAGGCAGAGUCCAUUGAAUAUGGCAGCCGGACCUUUUUCCAGUUCACUGUACAGAAAAAGCUUCUGGAGGAGAUGAACUUUGAUAACUAUGUGAAAUAUAUUAAAAACUACGAAGAAUUUGUCAAAACCUGGAUUCAGAGACGGAUGAUGGAUCAUUACAGGGAGACUAAGCGUCUGGGAGAGUUGGAGAAAAAGAUUCUAUCUACAAUAGUAAAGAAAGUGAGGGAAGUUCUGGAAAGCUCCAGAAAUGAAAAAAAUACCCCAGUCUUAGCAUUUUUAAACAACUUUUGCGAAGCGCUGCAGCAGGACCUAGUCAUUUCCAAGGACAACUUACUUGGGAUACGGUUUAAAAACACAGCGAAAACAGGCCAGUUUUGUGCUAAUAUUCAAACUUUUCUUCUGGAUCUGGAACAAGAAAUCUUACUCCAAUUUGGUGGUUUGGAUAUUCAGACCAAACUCUCCCAUCUGUCAUUAAAACCCCAGGAUGAGAUCUUCAAGCGAGUGUUUGGCUGUGGGAAGCAGUGUCCAUUUUGUAAAGUCCCCUGUGAAGCAGGAGGCAGUGACCACAAGGAGCAUUUUGCAUCUGUGCAUCGGCCACAAGGAUUAGGCGGUUACAGGUAUCUUGAUACACAAAAACUUGUCUAUGAUAUAUGCUCAUCUGAAGUGGUUUCUGAGAACUCAUUCCGAAAUUCAGACACAAAAGGGAAACGUCAUCCCUACAAAGAUUAUCGCAUCUAUUACCCAGACUGGCGCAUUCAGCCAGAUCCCAGCAUUGAGGCUUCUGAUUACUGGAAGUUUAUUUUUCAGAAGUUCAAUCACCAGUUAGCUAACAGUUAUAAUGCUAACCCAGCAGAUCUCCCAAGAGACUGGGGAAAAAUAACUGAAACUCGGGCACAGGAAGGCCUAAAAGAAGUCUUUAACAUGAAAUAAAAACAUGGUGAGAGCCUGUUGAAAUGGAAUAUACAUAUGUUUAAAUAUUUGAAACUUUCCUUAAUUUUAAAAAAUGGCAUAUUAAAAAAUAUUCUGUAUUGUAUUUUUUAAGUCUCAGAACCUCAUGUUCACUUCACAGCUUCUAAGUAGAGCUGACAGGUUUCUGAUUUUUCAUGUCACAUGACAACUUAUGAUACGAUUACAGAGUGACUGCUAUACAAUUACUGCUAGGAACAUAAGAACUGCCACACUUGACCAGAGCAGAGUGGACCAUUUAGUCUACUAUCCUGUCUCCGAGAGUGGUCAAUACCAGAUACUCCAUAAGAAGAUUCAAGGAACCCUGAAUGGACAGUUGUGGAACAACAGAAGUUUCUUCCUAACAAAUUAUUAGAUUUCAGGGGAGGCCAGCAUCAACCACAAUAAUCAUCUGCUAGUCUGGCUUUCAGCAUAACACCUGGCCAGAGAAUUCCGUCCAAUAAUUCCUGCUGCGGAAGAAAUUAUUCAUCCAUAAUUGGUAAGAAGCAGCUCAUUAUCAAACCAAGUAAUUUGUGGUUGAACCAAGAAGAGCAGAUAUUUUAGAAGGAAACCCUAAAUAAUGAUGAAUUUACCAAUGCACUUUGGAAGCUGUUCCAGGUCAGUUACUCUGACUGCAAAAGCUGAAUUUUAUUUUCAAUUAAAAAUAAAUUUAACUUCAAUUUCCAGACACUGGAUCUUGUUCUAUAUUUGUUUGCUAGACUCAAGAGGCCUCUACUAUCUGUUAUUUUCUUCUUUAGUAGUUACAGAUCAUGAUCAACCUUCUCUUUGUUAAGUAAAUGUAUUGAGCUCCAAGUCUCUCAGUAUAAAGCAGGUUUUUUCAAACCUUGAAUCAUUCUUGCAGAUCUUUUCUGAAACCUCUCCAAUUUUCCAACACACUUUUUUUAAACUAUGGACACCAGAACUGGACACAAUGUCCCAGUAAUGGUCUCACCAUUGGCAUAUACAGAAGUAAUAUCUCCCUAAUCCUCCUUGAUACUUCUUUGUUUAUACAUCUCAGCAUAGGCGCCAACCCCCCUCUGCCCCCCGCCCCCACUCCACCCCUUCCCUGAGGCCCCACCCCUGCCCUGCCUCUUCCCACCCCUGUCCCGCCCCCAUCCCACCGCCUUCCCCAAAGUUCCCGCCUCAACUCCCAUGGCGUCGGCACCUUAUGCAUCCAGGAUCAUGUUAGACCUUCCCCAGACCCCAAGUUCAGCCACUUACUGUCUUAGAGUGUGUCACAGACUGAUAGCAAGUUAAGGGAAUGGGAUGUGAAAUUGGAAUAAAAAUUGGGGAAAAGAUACUUUUUAUCUGUUAUGGAAUGUUGGGCUGGCCAUAGUUCCCACAGUUAAUAGAAGGUCUCUUUUGAGUUGCUGGAACAGUCCCCAAGGGAUGCAGCUAAACCUUAGCCCCAGAAGGAAGAUUUUCUACAGUUAAAGAGGAAAUAAGAGGAUUAAAUAAAAGAAAAAUAGAGACAUUGUUUGAACUGCAUAGAGAUAAAAAUAAUAAAUAAUAGCAUUUCUGGCCCAAACUCUCUGCAGUCACCCCAGCCCAGGACCCCCUCUGCUCUCCCUGCCCAUGUCCCCUUUCUCAACUGCUGGCCUGAGAAGGUGGCUGGAUGGGGAAGUGGCUCCCUCUAGUGUCCUCAAGGCAACACCCCUCCCUCUUCCCAUCCUCUCUGGCUAUUGCGAUCUCUGUCCCUGAUAUUUUAGUAAAAAGAAAAGGAGGACUUGUGGCACCUUAGAGACUAACACAUUUAUUUGAGCAUAAGCUUUCGUGAGCUUCAUGCAUCCGAUGAAGUGAGCUGUAGCUCACGAAAGCUUAUGCUCAAAUAAAUGUGUUAGUCUCUAAGGUGCCACAAGUCCUCCUUUUCUUUUUGCGAAUAUAGACUAACACGGCUGCUACUCUGAAACCUGAUAUUUUAGUGUCACUCUCUUUUCUGUGUCUUUCCCCAGGGGCCACCCCUCGUGCUCAUCUGCACCAAAUAGCCUCUGCCAUUGCACAACCCAGUAAUCAUCUUUCCCUGGAGCCUCACCACAAUUCCCCUUCCCAAAAAACAGAAUCAUUGGCAAAUCCCCAUAUGCUCCUUGGCCCCAUUCUCCUGGGUGGUUAAUAAAUACCCUGGACGGCACUUAGUGCCUUGUGGACACCCUGACUCCCUGCAGUGAAUGAGCCCCUGCCUGAACCCAGGGAGGACACCCCAGCUCUCACCCUGAGCUCCUGCAGCACCAGAGCAGAGCUGUCCCUACAGAGUAAAUGAGACCCUGCGGGAUUGGGACUCAGUCCUCCCCACCCUGAGCCUUGCUCCCCUUUAUCCCAGUCUCUUCUACUCUGAGGGACUUCCCUGGUCAGUAGCAUGAGUGUUACUGGGACACAGAUGGGGGUGUGUGACCCAGGGACUUCUUGGUGCCAACUGGCAGAGGACACAGGGGUGCAUUAGGAUUUCAGGGAUCCCCUGGGCCUGAUAUCUACAUACUAGUUCACCAAAGAGUGUCAUACCACAUCUCUACUGAAAGCCUGUGUCACACUGGUCACCUUAAUCAUUGCAAAAUGUAUGUACAGAUAACAUGUAAGGAGUUAUGUAUACAGACUGAAAAUCAUGUUCUUAAGGUUUAUGACUUGGGACUGGUGAGAAAAGGUGAAAAACAGGUUUCUUUCAGACAAGAGAUGUUUAUCGGUUUAUCUGCAUGUUUGCUGAGUACUGUAUGGUUCACAAUGGGCACCCAUUUACAGUCUGAGCAAAAUGUUAAUCAAGUGCUCGCAGAGUGUCCUGGACAGGAAAAGACAAGCAGCGGGAAUUAUCCUCCAAGCGCACACAAUGGAGUUUUAGACGAUAACUGUAGAUAAAGAGACAAACUCUGAAUCUUCCCACUGAGGAGACAAGAGGACUGCGUGCUUGUCUCAUGAAUAGAAGAUCACAGCCACACCUGGCUGGAAGGAUUUGGGGCAAGCUUUUGCCCUUAUGACAGGACAAUGUCCUAUUAAUCAAGUUGAGGGUCGACUAUGCAUGUCAUGAUUUUAUUUUAUAUGUAACCCUUUGUUUCUAAUAUUUCUACUUCUUAUCAUUUGAAUCCCUGUGUUAAAUAAACAUACUUGCUUUCUGUGUGAACAA